AGCCAACACCAUGGUCAUGGGGAUCUAUUGGGAUCUUAUGAUCUGAUCCAUCCCCCACCCCAACCCCUUCAUUACAUCUCCCAUUUCCCCAGCCAGCUCGCCAUCUUCAAUGCCUCCCCGUGGCUGUCACGAUAACGGAACGGACGGUGCAGACGGCUCUUCGGUCUCUUCGGUCUUCCGGUUUCCUCGGUGAUUUCUCUCGUCAGCUCUAGUGUUUAGGCAGUAACAUUUAUCCAACGAUUCGUUCCUGGAGCCAGGCCGUCGAACCAGCCAACCCUUUUUUCCUCUUGGUGCCUCGCCUCGUGCCUCGUCCCUUCACGUCCACCACCAUGACCCUCCACACAUCGAACCCCCGAUUGGCGCUCUCGCCCUCGCCCUCGCCCUCGCCUUUGCCUUCGCCUUCGCCCUCCACAAACGUGGCGGCCGCCUUGAAAGGUGCCAAUUUCGCCUUCUCCAAGACGGCCAAGUCGAACCCCGUCACCCCGGCCAAGAAACCCAGCAACAACGCCCUCGCCGCCGCCGUCGCCGGUGCCUCUCUGGACAGAAACCAUAGCAGGAGCCCGGCCAGGAGUCCGACCAGGAGCCCCGGGGCUCUUCAGAGCCAGAGCAGGCAGACGACAGGUGGUAGUGGCGCCCGGGCCGACGCCAUGGGCAGAGACGAGCAUUUCGACCAUGCGUCGGUGAGGGACCGGCUUUCGAGGCUAGGCGUGAGUCCGUCCUCGUCCGCCCAUUUCCUCCAGCCCUCCUCGUCCGGUACCCCGCCCCGGAACAACAGCCCUCUCAACAACAAAAACACAUCCUACAUCGCCGCCGCGCUGGCCGCCUCGCGAUCCGCCUCCCCGAUUUCCACGAAUCAUACCGGUACCCCCGUUCCGAGCAACCCGUCUUCCCUCACCAACAACAUGCGUGCCGUCCCCGUGCCAUCCAGGCGCAGCGACAGCACGGCGAGCAGUACCCACGACCUACCCGACACGAGUUCCAUCGCGCCGACCAAUUCGCUGAUCUCCGUCUUCGAGGGCUCGAAGCCUAGCCCCGCCGUGGUAGAGGACAUGGAUCCCGUCAAGAAGAGCCCUGCCGCACCGGCCCGGCGGACACCCACAGCCAAGUCGAAACCGACGCUACGGCCGAUGACGCCCGAGAGACCGCCCAGCCCGAGGGGCAGGGGCGAGGAAACUCCCACACGUGGUAACGAGCGGAAAGAACCAUCAUCACCUCUCAGAAAUGAAAUGGUCCCGGAGGAGAAUACCAAGCCCCAACCCGGACCCAAGCCGAAGCCGAAGCCGAAGCCGAAACCCAUGUCGAAGCCGAAGCUGGACCAGACGAACCAUGAACUAUCCCACGACAGAACCGACCCCGCACCGAGACAGGCGCCUUCCAAGGCUGCCAACUCUACAGAUACAGAGCCGCCCCGGUCACGUAGACCGCCGCUGCAGCCCACCCAACCACCUCCUCCCCGGGUCGUCAGCAGAUCUACUCCCGAGGUGGUUGCUCCUUUGCCUACCAGGCCGCAGCAGCAACUCAAACUACGACCUCCUGUCCAUACGAACGAGGCAACUGCUGGAAAGUCUGUGCGCCAGCAGCAGCAAAUCGACCCUAGGAUAUCGAGAGAUGGCCAGGUCGACAGCGGUGUGCGUCCUACCACAUCCGGGACAAGCUCAUCUAACGACAGUUUUGUUUCUGCAUCCUCUGUCCAGACGCCCCGGCCGACCUCACCACCUGCGUUAGCUCCAGCUCCUGUAACUGCUCCUGUAACUGCUCCUGUAACUGCUCCUGUAACUGCUCCUGCUCCUGCCCCUGCCCCGCGGCGCAAUGUCCCCGUCGCCGCUCGUCCUCCAUCGGGGUUUGGAUCGCCUGCACGGACCUCGGCCCCGGCCCUGCCCCGUCGUAGCCAAACCACGACGGCGUUCCAAAGCAACAGCAACCGCAACAGCAACAGCAACUUGCCCCUCGAGUCUCUCUCCAACGCCAUCAUGGCGGGAUCCCUCGCAGCGUCGCGUCUAACGCCCAGCAACACGGGCACGAGCAAAGCAAACCACACCCUCGCCCUACCGCAUCACCCCCACCACCACCACCACCACCACCACCAACAACAACAACAACAACAACAGAAGCAAAUCCCACCGCCGCCGUUACCCCGCCGCCACAAAUCCCCGCGCAUGCUACAAACCCUGCGCCAGCCCGCCACGCCAUCCGACGACGAGGAAACCCGCCUGCGCAAGAAGAAGCUCCACCACAGGCACCGCAGCCAGAAACACUUCCACCACGAGGGCGCGCGGCGGCGGUGGCGCGAGGAGAUUACGCCGCGGGAACGCAAGCGGUAUGAAGCGCUCUGGGCUAGUAACAGGGGCCUGUUGCUGCUGCUGCGUUCUCCGGACGGCGCGGCGGGGACGAGGGGUGCGGUCGAGGAAAAGCCGCCCGGGUCGCACCCCGACGAGUAUGCGGAUCAUGUCUUGAAUGUGGUUGUGAGGGAGAUUUGGCGGCGGUCGAGGUUGCCGGAUGAUGAGCUCGCCGAGGUGUGGGAUCUUGUUACCGGGCGGCAGGUGCAGGCCCAGGCUCAGGCUAGGGUGCUGCCGGGUAUGCUGAGCAAGGAGCAGUUCGUGGUGGGGACGUGGCUGAUCGACCAGCGGCUUCGGGGACGUAAGAUCCCGGCCAAGAUUGGAGCGAGUGUGUGGGAUAGCGCGAGGGAGGUGCGGGUUGUGCCUCCGAAGGUGACGGAGGUGCGGGCUUUGCCUCCAAAGGUGACGGAGGUGAAGGCCAAGGUCAGGGGGAAGAGGUAGGGGAGGGAAGAGGUAGGGAAGGGAAGAGGGGUGGGAGAUGCUGAAAGUUUCAUCCAUGGCAUUUGAAUAUGUGAUACCCUCGAGUUAAGCUGGCGAAAAUGUCCCCCGUGUUUUCAAGCUAUGUUGCCUUGCUCACGAUGUGUCCUCAAUGCUCACAGAAAUUCCAUUCCGCGUCCGGAACAUUCUGUUCCUCCUCCAACCUCGUCCUCUCAUAUAUCAGCUCCAACCUCGUAGCCUUGGCCUCCUCCCAGCCGAUGGGCCACUCCAUCUGCUCCAGCACAAUCUGCUGCACCUCGGGCGGCAGUUUCGCGCG